AUGGACCUCCGCGAAUCAGUUACCAACCAAACCAACGUUUCCUUCAGCAUUACCAACCAUUUGUUCUCAAAAGAAUCUCAUAAGUAUAACAACAUUGUGUUUUCUCCACUCUCGCUCCAACUUGAUCUUAGCAUCAUGGCUGCUGGCUCUGAUGGUCCCACACAACAACAGCUUCUUGACUUCCUUCAAUCCAAAUCCACCGAUCAUCUCAACUCCUUCGCCUCUCAACUCGUUUCCGACGUCCUCACCGACGCUUCUCCAGCUGGCGGACCUUUCCUCUCUUUCGUCGAUGGUGUAUGGAUUGAACAGACACUAUCUCUUCAACCUUCAUUUAAACAAAUCGUGUCUACUGAUUUUAAAGCCAAUUUGUCUUCCGUUGAUUUCCAGAACAAGGCUGUUGAAGUGAGCAAUGAAGUGAAUUUAUGGGUUGAAAAAGAGACUAAUGGACUCAUUAAAGAACUUCUUCCUAUAGGAUCAGUCAACAGCUCAACCAGGCUCAUCUUUGCUAAUGCACUAUACUUUAAAGGAAUAUGGAAUAACAAGUUUAAUGUUUCCUUAACGAAAGAUAACGAUUUUCACCUUUUGAAUGGUAGCGCAAUCAAGGUUCCCUUCAUGACGAGUAAGAAGAGGCAUUUUAUUAGAGAAUUCAAUGAUUUUAAAGUCCUUGGUCUUCCUUAUAAGCAAGGCGAAGAUAAACGUCGAUUCUCCAUGUAUUUUUUUCUUCCGAAUGCAAAGGAUGGAUUGCCAGCUUUGGUUGAGAAAGUGGCUUCCGAAUCUGAAUUACUUGAUCAGAAGCUUCCUUCUGAACAAGUGGGAGUAGGUGACUUCAGGAUUCCAAGAUUCAAAAUUUCAUUUGGGCUUGAAACUUCUGAUGUACUAAAAGAGUUAGGAGUGGUUUUACCUUUCUCUGAAGGAGGUUUGACAAACAUGGUGGACUCUGUUGCGGGUCAAAAUCUUUAUGUUUCUAAUAUAUUUCAUAAGUGUUUUAUUGAAGUGAAUGAAGAAGGCACAGAAGCAGCGGCGGCCACAUCAAGAAUAUUAUCUAGGCGUAGUAGGCCUAGGCGGGUUCCAAGAGUAGACUUUGUAGCUGACCAUCCUUUCUUAUUUAUGAUUAGAGAAGACUUGACUGGAACAAUCUUCUUUGUUGGUCAGAUCGAUCGAGUGGACGCUGUUGAAGUGAGCAAUGAAGUGAAUUUAUGGGCUGAAAAAGAGACUAAUGGCCUCAUUAAAGAACUUCUUCCUGAAGGAUCAGUCAAUAGCUCAACCAGGCUCAUCUUUGCUAAUGCAUUAUACUUUAAAGGAGCAUGGAGUGACAAGUUUGAUGCUUCUUCAACGAAAGAUAACGAUUUUCAUCUUUUGAAUGGUAGCUCUGUCAAGGUUCCCUUCAUGACCAGCAAGAAGAAGCAGCUUAUUAGAGAAUUCAAUGAUUUUAAAGUCCUUGGUCUUCCUUAUAAGCGAGGUGAAGAUAAGCGUCAAUUCUCUAUGUAUUUUUUUCUUCCGAAUGCAAAAGAUGGAUUGUCAGCUUUGGUUGAGAAAGUGGCUUCUGAAUCUGAGUUACUUGAUCAUAAACUCCCUUCUGAGAAAGUGGAAGUAGGUGAUUUCAGGAUUCCAAGAUUCAAAAUUUCAUUUGGGCUUGAAACUUCUGAUGUACUGAAAGAGUUAGGAGUGGUUCUACCUUUCUCUACGGGAGGUUUGACGAAAAUGGUGGACUCUCUUCAGGGUCAAAACCUUUGUGUUUCUAAUAUAUUUCAUAAGUCUUUCAUUGAAGUGAAUGAAGAAGGCACAGAAGCUGCUGCGGCCACAGCAGCAACAGUACUGUUAAGGAGUAUGCGUGUUCCAUCUCCAAUAGACUUUGUAGCUGACCGUCCUUUCUUAUUUGUGAUAAGAGAAGACUUGACAGGAACGAUCCUCUUUGUUGGCCAGGUGCUCAAUCCUCUCGUUGAAUGAUCUUAGCCACUCACCCACUAUGUGUUAGUGCCAUGUAUCAAAGGAGAAGUAUAGAAGAGUUUAUUUGAAUAUAUUUUAAGUACUUGUUAAUGUGUUUGUAAGAGUAUAAAAAUAAGUUAUGAUAUUUUCAGCUUGUUUUUCAUAAUAUUCACUUCUAUAAAGGUUUCUAAGAGGUCCUUUACAAUCA